UAACCAGUCUGUGCCCCUCCUACUUUUGGUCACUCACUUCCUGUUUCUCUGAAGGUCAUCAACAGGAUCAUGGCACAAUACAGCACCGCAGUAAAAAAGUGCACUCGUCAGGUGUCUUUUUUCACAAAACACAACGAAGGUGGGUCUUGAAACCUAAAUAGAAUGGUAAUUCUAAACACAACUAAAGUGGUCUCUUAAACCUAAACAUAAGAUAAGAGGUUUUCUGUCUAAACACAACUUAAGUGGAGUUCAAAUCUAAACAUGAGAUACUCUAAACAUAACUAAUGUGGUUUUGAAACUUAAACAGAAUUGUAAUUCUAAACAUAACUAAUGUGGUCUUUUAAACCUAAACAUAAGGUGCUGACUUCCUUAACAUAAUUAAGGUGGGUUUUCAAACCUAAACACAAGAUGUUUUCUUACUAAACAUAACUAAAGUGGUCUUUUAAACCUAAACAUAAGAUAAGAGGUUUUCUGUUUAAACACAACUCAAGUGGGAUUCAAAGCUAAACAUAAGAUGCUGUCUGAUGUCUUUCACCUGUCUGUGUUGAGCAUUGGUUUGAUACACAAUGUUGGGAGGACUUAGACACAUGCACUAUGGUAUUGUAAUUCAUAACUAAUGUGGUUUCUUAAACCGAAACAUAAGAUGCUUUCGGUCUAAACAUAAUUAAGGGGGUUUGAAACCUAUAUAGAAGAUGUUUUCUGUUUAAACAUAACUGAUGUAAAUAGAAAAUCCGAUGUAUAAUCGUUUAUUGGUAUACAACGAGUUCACCAAGUUGGAUAUAUGUACAGGCAUGCAAUAACAGUGUUCCCCAGAUAUGUUUUGUUUUAAAAUACAGUGUAAAAUGUAUAUAUGUUCGCUUUUACAGAUAUAUAAUUCAUUACCCACAAUGCUUUACAGUUUGUGAGCAACAGGGUAUCAGAUUUCAGCACCUGAGCUAAAACCGGUCACAUGUUAUUCCCCAUUCAUUACACUGAGCGACAGGGAAAAGAAGUUCCAUAACUCAUUGUUAUACUUAGUUUAUUACAGAAUUGUUUUGUUUUCGCCUGAGGAAGGUUCAUUUUAGAACCGAAAACGUUCGCGAAAUUGAGGUACUUUGUUCAGUAUUGUUAAAAAUUAAAAUAAAGAUUUUUUUGAUACAAGAACACGAGGAUCGGUUUUUUAGCACCACAGCUAAUUAGCAGAUAGAAUGAGACCCGGAGAAGAUGAAGACCACCGAGACGACGCCUGGACCACUACACGAAGGGGACGCAGUGGACGACGGUACCAGGCGAGUCCAGUACGGCACACAAGACCAGACUCAAACCGAAGGAGGUAUGAGUCGUACAGCCGCAACAGGCAGGACCACAAUGAGGGCCCGAGAGCCCGUGGCUAUAUUAAUAGCUACAGGAACCAGAGCUAUGAUUAUUAUAAUAAUGGCCCUAACCAACGGAAUUAUAACAGGAGCCGGAACGAGCGGAGCUAUUAUAAUAACAACCGUAAUAAACAGAAUUAUGAUAGGAGCCAGAACCAGCAGAGCUAUUAUAACAAGAGUUAUAAACAACGGAGCUACGUUAAUAGCUAUGCUACAGGCCGCGAUGAACGCAUAGGCCGCCGUCCCCAGCGCUAUCAGGAACCAACACAGGAACACCGUGGGCCGCCUGUCACUGACAGGAAGACCUACGCGCAGGCCACGAGAGACGGUUAUGACCAGGCGCCACGGCAACACUACGACCAGAGCCGUUCCCGGGACAGGCAGCGGGCACACGCGGCCCUGCAAGGUCAAGCACCCCGUGAACACAACCGGAACACAUCGCCUCGGUCGCAAAACAGAGGUGAGCGGCGGAGAUACGAGGAAGACGCGAGACGUAAUGGCAGGGAAGACGACGGACCCCGGCCACGACAUUCACCAGAGAGGAACGGAGAUCGCAGACAUCCGGAAUUUCCGAGGUACUUUGAACACAACACAGACUUUGAUAAUAACAGGAGAGACGGAGGAAGAGCGGAAAUACCGAGGGUCCGUGAACGUGACACCCGUGUGGAGGAACGCAGACGAACAGAGGAGGACAGGUCAGAUGACCCUGACUUCAGGCAGAAAUGUCAGGUGGGCUACAGGAUCAUAAAGGCAAGCCACCACUACACCAACGUCACGGCAAGUAGACCUCCCAUUACAAUUCAUAAAAUGGGACUCCAUUUAGAGACACUAAUAAAACCAGCUGUCCCAAAUGAUCACACUCAGGGACUUAUAGGGAGAAAUGCACAAGAGUGGGUCAAAAAGACCAUCAAUAUUCUGCAAGAGCAUUACGAGGACGUGAUUGAACACGAGAUCACCAGACUAUUAGGAUUCCCUGAUGAAGAAUGGAGGGCUCCGCUGGAGGUGGCGGCCAACUGGGCCAGAAGGAACAUUAAGAGACUGCUAACAGGGACCAUUCCUGGAGUGGUGAACGUCAUCGAGACCCGUAUAGAGGUGGAGAACCAUCCAAGCAGAUCCACAGAGCGGAGACCGGAGCAGACCCCCAUCCCAGCGGGUGCUCCCGGUCCUCCUCCUCCUUUUUCUGCUUUUCCUCCUCUUCCUCCUCCUUCUCCUCCCCCUCCUCCUCCUCCUCUCCCACAGAGACUACGGGCUCCAGCAGUGGCCCAGCAGAGGACUCCACAGGAGAGUCGACCCAGCUUCAUCCCUCCCCCAGAGUCUCAGCUGAGGACCCUCGGGCACCCGGAGACCACAACAGCCCUGGUGCAUGAACAGCAGGGACGGGAGCAGGUCCCGGACCUGCAGGUCCUGGAACUGGAGACAUCGAGUGAUGAGGAGCUGGUGGAGGAGAGUCCGCAGAGUCUGGAGACAUCCCCCAUCAUCCCGCCUCUAGGGCCAACACCGCCCCCAGGGAGAUCAGGCCUACACCACUGCCCCAGAGAGUUACACGCAGCAACAGAUGUGCACAGCUCUACUCCGGCAGCAUUGUGGAGGCCUCUCAGGGGCAAAGGACCACAUUGGGUGGGGACCUGAGACUGAAGGCGCCCGAGAGAGACCCUCUAAAAACACUCAAUGAGUUUAACUUAGCCCCUAAGAAAGGGGGCCUUCAUAGAAUAAUGGUCCAGAGCACGCUACACCGUAAUGUGUUGUUGCCACAAGUCUCCCCUGCGAACACAGGUCCGUUCCCUCCCAGGAGACACCACAACGACGCCGGCCAGCCGAGGGACCUGCAACUGAGUGGGAACAAAGAGUGGCUGAUCAUGGGAGACUCCAACAUCGCUAGGCUCCCGGCUCACAGAAUGCUGAAUCUACAGAUGGACGCGUUUCCAGGGGCGACAUUCCAGACGGCGGAGACCAUCCUCCGGGAGACCCAGACUACGGACGUAGUAAAAAAGGUUAUUUUAUCAUUUGGACUCAACGAUAAGGCCCUCAGGUCCAUGGAGACAACGACGGAACAGCUACUCAACAUGCUGGUGAGAGCUA